UCCUCACGAAAUAUGUGGUAGGCCACCACGAGCAUUCUUCAAUGUUGACUGUUGUGCUCUAGCCUGGUAAUUAGAUAGCUAACUCUCCCCAAGUCUUCGUUAAAAGUUAGUUCUAUUGCUAGAUUGUUAUCAGUUGAUCUAUACGUGGCGGCGAUCGUGCGUCUAACACUUGGAAACUACGUGAAGUACUAAAUGGCUAAAAAGCUAACGAUGGCUAACUUUUCCUUGCAUACGCUGGCCAGAAGUGGCGAGCUGUAACAGGCAGCGAGCAGCUUAGCUAGCUAGGUACUGCAGACCCCAGUAACACGCUUGCCCACAUCGGCAGGUUCAGACAAACCCAUGUUUUUUUUUUUAAAUUAACACAUCCGUUAUAACAAUAGCAAUUGUCUUAAUAAGACAAUAUUAAGAGGCUGUGUUACGAAGAACGCUAUGCCAAAUCGUCGUUACUAUUGCACUGGUAGCAUCCCUUAAAGGACUCUGAAGGGUUUUCUGUGCCUUGAAAGAAAUAAUGAUUAGGAGCACAUAUGGCCAGGGCAUUUUGGUUAUCAAAUGUUGGGAAUGACGUGCUAAAGUUUAAUCAGCAAUGAGCUAACUAGCUAAUUUGCAAGUGAUGCAAGGACGCCUUUUCAUUUUCACUUGGCCAUGGAUCAAAGAGAGGAAAAAGAGGAGCUGCAGGAGUUGCUGGCACGCUUGCAGGGGGACGGCGUGGCCCCCGAGGCUUCGGCCGAGGAGCGGCAGCAGCACCUGUGGCGGCUCUUGCAGCGGAGUGAGGGCAGCCUGGCUGCGGGCGCCGAGGAGCUGCGGGUGCUGCGCUCGCAGCAGGCCAGCGAGAUGAAUGAGGUGGAGAAUUAUGUGGAGCACAUUCGGAACAUGCUGGAGGAGCGUGAGUGUCUGACGGCCGAAUACGAGCGGGACAACGAGCAGCUCCGUGCUGAGCUCACACAGAUGAAGCACCAGCAAGAGUGCCAGAGUAAGGAGGUGCUGGAGAUGCUGGAGCAGGAGGGCUUAGCUGAGAUCAUUCACAGCAGUGCCAGCGAGCAGGUGGCCUACCUGCUGGUGGAGAGAGUCACCCUGUUGGAGAGGCUGGAGGCCGCAGAAAGGAAGCUCGACACUCAGACUCUGACGGGCAACCUCAGGGAGGUCCACCUACAGGAAGAACUAGACCACAUCCGGCACACUUUGGAGGAGGAGAUUAGGCAGCAAAGGGAAACCAUGCAGCAGACCAAAGAGAGUGUGAACAAGGGACAGGAAUCUCCUGCUCAGAGCCCCUGGAGGAAGCUCUUUGGUGUACGCAGGGCUACGCAAAGGGAACAGAGUCUUGCUCCUCAGGCCCAAAGUGAGGAGCUGGAGCAAGAGCGCACAGAGAAGCGGACGCUGGAGAGGGACUUAGAGGAGGCGUCCAGCAGGCUCGCCAUGGCUCACAAGGAGAUUCGUAGCCUGACCGAUGAGCUUGAUGUGGUCCGGAAGACCCAGGCCGCCUGUGGGCCUGACCUGCAGACAACAGGAGAGGAAGUGGCACAGCUCAGACAGGAAGUAGAAAAGCUGAAACGGUGUGAUAUGGUGGAGCUACAGAGGGCCAAGGAACGCAAUGAAAGGCUUGACACAGAGAUUCGGGCCCUGAGGGACAGAGUUCGCUCCCUGGACGCUGAGAGGAAGACACUUUUGAAAAUGAUUGAAAAUUUUAAGAUACAUUCUAAUCAUGAAGGGACACUUACAACACAGCACAAUUCAGCUCAUUUCAUACAGGUUGAUGGAAAUGACAAUAAACCAGAGGUGUCGGAUAGAACUCUAAAUGAUGAACAAGAUCAGCUCCAUAAAAGGUGUCGGAGGGACUCGGAGGACAAAGACUGCCGUCUGCGGGAGCUGCAGAGGAGGCUACACAAGCAGCAGCAGGAGCAUGAGGAGCUGGUGGAGAGGAACGAGGAGCUGGAGGCGCUGCUGGGGGAGGCGCAGAACAAGGCCAAAGAGGAGCGAGAGCAGCAUGAGUGUGAAGUGGAGGGUUUGCACAGAAAGAUUAAAAAUCUGGAGCUGAACGAGAAGAGUGCUCAGAGACUGGCGGAGAACUGUGAUGGAAGCCAGCCUCAGAUGAAUGCUGGCGUUCAAGAGAGGCUGACCUUUCUUGAGAGUCGUCUUGCUGAGGAGAAGAAUUGGAGGAAAAAGUUAGAGGUGGAUUUAGCUGUGGCCCAGAGUUCCCUCAACAAAGAGAAGCAGGCUGUGCUCAGAGAGCAGGCGGAGCUGAUGAGGCUGCGCGUGGAGGUGCAGAGCUUGCAGGCCGCAUGCCAACAAGGGAAAUCCCUCAACAAGAGCCUCGCACAGGUUAAGGGCGAAAAGGGCAUUUUGGAGGAAAAGGUGGCCCAGUUGGAACGCGCUCGGAUACGACUCCAGGACGACCUGGCAGAGCAGACGGACAACAGCAGGGUGCAGGAGGACCUGAGAGAGAGCAGGCAGCAGGUGACGCAGCUUACGGCUCUUGUCCAGCAGCUGAGAUCAGAGCUGUCCACUCUGGAGAAAGAGCACAGUACUCUGAGAGACGAGCUGAUGGAGAAGAGCAGGGAAGCGAUGGAGCUGCAGGCGGAGCUGAGCGCCAGCGCCCGGGAGCUGCAGCGCAGAGCGCAGGACCAGCUGGACACCCACAACUCUGCUGGGCAGGAGAGAGCACCUGACCCUGAUCCCAGAUCUCCCACAGCGGAGCAGGACGGGCUCCAUCAGGCGGAGUGUGUAAGGACAGAGAUGAGUAAGCUCCACACCACCCUGGAGGAGGAGAGACAGCUGACCAGCCAGCACCAGCUGGCUCUGCAGGCCCAGAUCUGUGAGGCCCAGGCCAGGGCCAAGGCUCAAGACUUCAUCCUGCAGCAGAAGGGUGAGGAGCACAAACAGCUGAAGCAGGACCUGCAGAGGACGCAGCACCUUUUCACCUCAGCGGAGCGAGAGCUGCGCUACGAGCGAGAGAAAAACCUCGACCUUAAGAGACACAAUGCACUUUUAGAUCAAGAGAAGAUCAAGCUGUGUGCAGAGCUGAAGCAGUCUCAGGCCCGAGCGGCCCAGCUGGAGGCCAGCGCUGCUGGGCAGGCAGCUGAGGUGGAGCAGCUACAGCAGAGGGUCCGGGAGCUGGAGCUGGAGCUGGCCCGGAGCAGCCAGAGCGGCCAGACCUGCAGCAGCCUGAGGGAGGAGCUCAGCGCCGAGAGGGCCCGCGUCAUCUCCGCCGACAAGAAGGUGUUGGAACUGCAGCAGCAGUUGAAAAACACACUGCAUCAACUGCGCCUGGAAAAGGCCAGGGCAGGAGAGACCAGCAAGCUGGAGAGAGACACCAGAGACAUGUCGGACAACCUGUACACCCUCCGAGCCAAGCUGCAGGAGGAGCGGCUCCAGAGGAAGUUGGUGGAGCAGAGAGAUGAGGAGCUGGAGCAGCAGGUGGUCUCUCUACGCACCAAGGAGGCCACCCUUGCCCAUGCCAACUCCGAGCUCUCCCACCGCUCUCAGCAGCUGGAGACGCGUCUGGAGGUGCUGGAGAAUGAACUGAGCUCCGUCAGGGAGCAGCAGAGCCUCAGUCAGAGGAGCACCUACAAGCUGGAGGAGCAGCUCGUAGCCACACAACACGAGUCCGAGAAGCUGCAAGAGGAACUGCAGCAGGUCCUCCAGCAGCUCGACGGCAGCAUCAGAAGGUACAAUGAAAAACAAUGUCUGCACAAAACCAAACUGCGCAACGCAAAGCAGCUCUUCACGAAGGCCACCACCCAGCGAGACAUGAGGAUCCAGAAGCUGGAGAACGAUUUGGCACUGGCUACGAUCCUGCAAGAAAAAGAGAAGGACUGGAUCCGGACUGUGACUGAGGAGAACGAGCAGCUGUUGCUAGAGAGGCGGGAGCUGCUGGAGAGGAUCACUGAGGCUGAGGAGAUGGGCAGCAAUGGGAUGAGGACAGCUACUACCACACAGCAGAGGGUGAAGUUCCUGGAGAUGGAGAAUAAGCAGCUUCAGGAUAAAACUCUGAAGCUCGCCAAUCAAAUUGGAGUUUUAGAGCGUGCGCUGAGAAAUCUCCAGUCAGUGGGUUCGCCUGAGGACGUAAAGAAAAUCUUUCCUUCUGGAACCCAUCCUGACGGUCUAUUGCGGACAUCAACCACAAGUCCAAGUCCAGGGCUAUGCGACUCUUGGGGACUCUUGGACGUCAUCCGAAGGGUUAAAGUGGGCGAGCAUGCCAAGAGCCUGGAGUCGUCUCUCUCUCUGCUCAACCCUCAGCCUUCAGAGAUUGGCUACCUGAACGUGAACUCCCCCAUGGUUCCCAAUGUCACCCUGGAUCAGGAAGAGACUCACAGUGUGACAAGCGAGGACGCCUGAAUGACUAAACCGUCUUCACCUUUCAGAGGUUGCCAAUUGUCCUCAGACUUGCAGUUAAGGGCAAAGGUGUACAUACACCUGGGUUAAGUUAACUUAAACUUAACUUUUCACAACUCCACACAUUUUAUAUUAACAUACAUUUCCUUUAAGUCAGUUAGGUUAUGUACAUUAUAAUAAUAGCACUGUCACAAAAUAGGCAAGAGACAUAUUUAUUUCAGGUUUGAUUUACUUUAUCAGAUUUUCAGUGGGUAUUUCAGUGUAUGGAAAGUUUACAUACACUUUUUUUAGUAUUUGAUGGCAUUGCCUUUUAAUUGUUUACCAUGAAUCAAACACCCAUGCAAUUUUGCUGGUAUUUUUUCCCGUUCCUCCUGACAGAAAUGAUGUAACCUAGUCAAGUUUGUUGGUAUCCUUGUUGGACACACCUUUUGAGUUCAAUCCACAAAUUUUCUAUUGGAUUUUCUGUGGUUGAUGUCUCGAGGUGCUGCUUCACUACUUCACUACUUAUUCCUCCUUCAUCAUGAUGCCUUCUCAUUUUCUGAAGUCCACCAGUCUCUUUUCCAGCAAAACCCUCUGAAAACGUGAAGCUGCCACCUUCAUGCUGGUUGGGAUGGUGUUUUUUGGAUUAAAAGCUUCACUCUUUUAGUUCCAUACAUAGAUCAUUAUGGCUUUACAGUUCAGUUUUCUUAAAUUUGACCAGAAGCCACUCAUCCAACAGGAUAGGUCUUUAUGCUGUUGAUUGCCUGCAGACUUCACUCUGGCUUUUUUAAAAUGUUGGUCUUGAAGUGGCCUUUCAGGUCAUUGUGAUGCAGGACUCUCUUAAUGGUGGAUACAGAUACUUUGGUACAUGAUGCCUGCAACUCCAUUACCAGUUUAUUUUUUGUUGUCUUGGAGUUCAGUUAAACCUUUCAGACCAAAGUUCAUUUAUCCCGAGUUAAUUUGUGCCUAUGCUCAUGGUACAUUUUGGAGUUUUGAAAUUGCUCCUAAGGAGGAACCAGAAGGUCCUCAGUUGAGGAGGUCUCAAUUUUUUUUCUAAAGUUUUGGUUAGGUUGCUUGGAUUUUCCCAUGUUGUCAAAGGCAAAGAAGGCACUUAAAUAGAGCUGAACUAAAAUUAAAUUGUGAAUUAAAGCUGGAAUAAAUUCAUCUCUAAUUGAUGGUUUUAAAAAUACCUCUGAUAUGAACAAAGUGCUCCAAUUGACUUGCCAAAGGAAAUGGAUGGUAACAUGAAAUGGCCUUGUGAAAAACCAAGCCUUUGGCUUCAACUGUAUAGUCACUUAAUUCUGAGGAAAUAUUAAGUCACGCAGUCAACAUUGUAUGGGCUGACUAAAAAUGACCAAACUCACAAUGUUAGGGCUGGUUCAAGUAGUAGCUUCCUUGCUGUGGUUAUGGAGCAACAAGCCUUGAUUCUGGCAGUGACUUCUGGAUAUGCUAUGUAUUCGCCACUGAACUGAGGUGACUGAGUCUGAUUGUGCACUUUACUUCAGAAAAAUUUAUUUGCAGCUUCAAAUAUCUCCUUUUCAUACCAGCUCGGCAUAUGUUGAAAUGACAGAAUGUUUAAAACACUUUUUACCCCCCAAAACGGGAGAGCAGAUUUUUUGUUGUGAUAUUGUCUGGAGGUUAAUUGACAGCUAGAUUAUACAGACAGCUCUUCUAAGACAUGGUGUCCCUUGGAGCAUAAACACUCACCGUUUGACUGAGAAGUGUCACAUUUUUAAGGCGUGAUCUGUUUUUUUUUUGUUGUUUUUUUUACAUAGUGAACCUUAGUCGCCUAUAAUUUUACUCUCAGGGUAUUUAAUGCAAAAAUUUGCUUAUUGCCUUUGUUCCUAUUGAGAGAAAUCCAGUGCCCUCAGCUUUCAGUGUGGCCUGUAAUCCAGCUACGCAAACACCUUUGCCAUGCAGUUGUAUUUGUCCCUGAUCUCCUGGCUCUUGUCGUGUUCGUGCUGAAAAAGGUGAAAAAUAAAGCACUGAAGUGGGAAUCACGGAGUAUCGGGAUGGCACAGCUCCAGAUAUCUCUGCUCUCCUCUGCUGCUCUCUUCCCUAGUGACUGUGUGAAAUAGAGGACUAGGCAGUCUGGACUAAUGCCUGAAGGUGAGGAACACGAAAAUGCUUGAGGUUUUGAAUUAACAAGCAAUAUACUUCAUUGGACAUCAAAGCCAAAACAGAAAUUGCAGCAAAAGCAUUGCAUGUUCUGAUUCAAUAUUGACAAUCUAUAUGGGAGAAACGGUACAAAAUAAGAAUUAAGUGAAGCACUUUUAUUUUCUCAGAUUUUAUAGGUGGUACAUUGUGAUGAUGUUUACAGUUUAAAAAAAACAUAUCGCCUUUUGGUGAAUAUGUUUUAAAUAAAGACAUUUUUCCCAGAUCAUGUAUGGUUAUAGAUUGGAAUGCCACUAGAUUACAGAUGUAAUAAAAAUGGCUGGAAUGGUUGGUUUUAAAAUCCCAGGCCUUGGUUUUGGUUUGUGGGCUUGAUUACAACACUAGUGUAGUUCAGAAGUUGGGAAGUUCGUGCCACUGGAGGUGAAUGAUGCCUUUUUCUAAUUAGAAUUCACCCCAUUCAAAAUGGAUUAACAAUUGCAUAAGUUACUAUUUUAGACACUUUAUGAUGCAAACAUUUGGGGUAGCAGAUUGUUGUGAUGGUCAUCAUAGUAGUAUUCCUUAAUAAUUCAUUUUAUUUAAAAUCAGCUUGUUUCUGUUUAUAUAGUAUUGCCCUAAAGGGGGUAAUGACCAAAACAUGGUCUAUUGUAUGUGAUAAUUUGCAGUCUUAUUAAUAUCAACACCCUUAUAGUAUUGUCUGAUAUGUACAGAAUAAGAUCUGCAACCUGAACAAUGUUGGGUACUGUGUGUUUUUGUUUUUUGUUUUUUGGGGGGGGGGAAUUUUUUUUAUUGUGUGAUGUGUUUUGUGUAACCUUUCUUACCCAUAAUUUCCAUGUAUAGACAUUAGCUAGCCAGCAAGCAUUGUGCAUAUAUUUGAACUGCAACCACACUUGUGUAAAACCUUAGAUACUGAAAUCUUAGUCUCUAGGGUCUGUAAUUAAAAGCAUGUUUGACAUGGAUUAUAAUGACCACUAGUUUCUUAUGUAUACUAUUUACAAUGAACUACAGUAUAAAAUCAAUAACCUGCUUGUUAUGACUGAGUGGUGAUCCAAUUUAUUAUAUACUGCUGCUGUAUUUUUACACAAAAUAUUUAUAUAAGUACCAUGUGAAUACAUAACCUCAUGAAAAAUGAAACACUAGCAUGUAAUAAAUUUGCAAAAAUGUGCAUUUUUUUCUGAAUAAACAGCAUAGUUUCAA